GAUCCGGGAAUUGGAUGCUCUGUACAAGGAAACCGCAAAGUCUGAACGAUAUGAUAUCAUGAAGGCUUUGAUGGAUUGCAAGAUGGCUGAGGGUAGUUCAGUUGGCGAACACGUGGUCAAAAUGAUUGGCUAUUCUGAAAGGCUUAAAGCCCUAGAAUUUCCACUUCCACCUGGCCAUAUGAUGGACAUGUUGCUUUCUUCACUCCCCCGUCUUACGACGGUUUUGUCAUGAACUACAACAUGACAGGGAUGGAGAAGACACCGGAAGAGGUGCUCGCCAUGCUGAAAACUACAGAAGGAGGACUGCGGAAAAAUCGCAAGCAAGUGUUGCUUGUGAAUAAAACCGCCAGUUUCAAAAAGAAGAAAGGCAAGCCAAAGAAGGGCAAGGGCACCGGUAAGACCGGCUCCCAAAGCAACUCUAAGGGCGGAGCCAAGAAUGAAACUGAGUGCUUCUACUGCAAGGGCACAGGACACUGGAAGAGAAACUGCAAGAAGUAUCUGGAAGAUAAGAAGACCGGGAAAACCGGAAAAGGGACUUCAGAAGGUGCGCAAGCUAGCAAAGAAUGA